AUGUUUCGUCAAAAACUUACUGGGCCUUGUGCUAUUAAUAAUUGUAAUAGUCAAAUUAAUUCUUUUAGAAAUGUGACACAAGAUCUUAUAGAUAAAAUUGAAAAAUGUUCAGAUUUUUCAUAUGAUUAUUUAAAAGUUAAUGAAGAUCAAAUCUGUUUUGAACAUUAUAUGAAUAUUGUUAAUUUUAUUGCAA